AUGAGACCCUCUCCCCGAAGCAGCCACGCGGGAUCCUCACCGGACCGGCGCGAGUACCAAAUCAUCAGCGCCCAGCUGGAGAACAUCCUGAGCGAGGCCUGCGGCGAGCCCCCCUCCGGCGCGGACCGUGCGUUGAUAGAAAAGCGUAUUACUGAGCUGCAGGGCGCCCUUGAGGAGGCGGGGCGCCGCAUUCGCGAGAAGCAGUGCCUUGCGGAAAGGACACGGGAAAGGCGGUUUGCCGACCUUCAGCAGCGUCGCGCGAAAAUCUACGAGGAGCGGACGGAGGAAAUCAUGAAGGAGUUUGAGCGGCGACGAAAAAUUGUUGCCGACCAGAUGGAGGAAAAACGCUUCUACUACAAUCAAAGAAACGAGGUUGUGGGUGGGAGGAUAAAGUCGUACAGGAACUCCUUUCUAACCGCGCAGGCAGCGCUGGUCGAGAAGGCGGAGGCUGCACGCGAGAAGCGGGAUAAGAUGCUCGCUCGCCUAAAAGAAGAGCGGGCGCGCAGCAUCGAGGAGCGCAAGGAAAAGGCGCGGCUGCGAAUGGAGCGAUGCCGCGAGGUUGCGAACCGCCGGAAGCAAAACGAAGAGGCCGUGAGGCGCGAAAAGAGGCUUGCGUUUAUGCGCCACGGGGAAGAGAUCGCACGGCGGCAGAUGGAGGGCGACGGGGUACGGCAAGGCAGGAACCGCACACGCUGCCCUUCGCAGCGUCCUCCCCGCAAAAGAAGCGAGACAGGCGAUAGCGCCAACGGGGCGACUGCACAGACGACGCGGUACAAACCCCACGAGAUGCUUAUGAGGGAGUUGAAGGAAAAGGAGGAGCAGCAUCGGGCGCGGUAUGAGGCAGAGCAGGCCAGCCGAUUAUACGAAAUACAGCUCCGGGCCCACGCACGCCAAAAGCUUAUUGAAAAGCAGUGGGAAAAUUAUUCGGCCCAACUUGAGAGGCGAGUUCAGCGCAACGACGAAAUCAUAAAGAUGGCACAAGAAAAAAAGCGACGCGGUGAGCAGGCGCAGAUGAACCGUGAGGCUAGAGAUCAAGAGGCUGGUGAAGCUGUUACGCGUGAUGUAGAGGAGCACCGUAAGCGAGCAGAGGACCUCGAGCUUCAGCGUCGCCAGGAUGCUCUAACCAAAAACUAUUAUAAAUGGAACGAUCGUGCAGAUCGCGUCAUUCUGCAACUACAGGAAGCCAUUCGAGCUGAUAAUGAAAUGCAGUCUGCGAAGGAUCGAAAGGGAGUUAUUCUACCACAGUUAUCCUCCCUUCGCAGUCUCUGA